AUGUUCAGUUGGUUUUCAAGCAGCAAUCCAAGUACGACCAAAUUUGAACAAUUAAAUAGUAAGGCUGAAAAAUCGGUCCCUCAAAUCGACUCCAACAGAUCCAUCCAAGAUUAUUUUCAAUUCGGAGCCAACCUCAUUAGACAAGCAGGCCAGUUCAAAAAGAAUCAAGACUUGGAGAAUGCAUAUGUGAAUAUAAAGGCAUUCGAAAUUUUGAUUCAGCGAUUGGCCAAACAUCCUCAAGUCAGUUCCAAUAAGGAUGAAUAUAACUACAAUGUGGAGAAAUGUCAACAAUUGAAAAAAGAGUUGAAUAAUCUCAUGUCUCAAAUCACACAACUUCUUGAACAACAAUCUUCACAGCAACAACAACAAUACAAUGCUCCUUCAGCACCUCCCCUUAAUCCGUAUGAUCAACAACAACAACCUCAAUACGAAAAUCAAAGUGGUAAUCGCAAAUCACUUCCAACAGUACCCUCAAAGAAACCUCUUCCUCCUCCAGUACCUCAACAACAACAACCACAACGAUCCAAUUCAGUCAUGUACAGCACGGUCGGCAAUGUUGUGAAUAAUGACAAAUUUCAAACAGCUGUUGGAAAUCAAGUAGCCAACAUGGCACAAAACGAGCAUGUGCAAUCAAUGGUUGCUACAGGUGUUGCCACAGCAUCCACCAAUCGAUCGGUACAGAGAAAUGUUGGUGAGGCUAUAGCAUCCUCAACCGACAAUUCCAUGGUCAGAUCCUUGGCUACCAAUGAGAGUGUACAAAAGACAGUAGGUGUCGUGGUAGCCAACACAGUCGGCAACAAGGAAGUGCAACAAAAGGUUGGCCACUACAUCGCUAAGGCAGCGACAGACAAGGAAGUGCAAAGAAAAGUUGCGAGUGGUUUUAUGACCUUAUUGAAAGGAGCUGCGAAAGGUGCCAAAGUAGCUGGAAAAGUGGCUUACGAAGGAGGAAAGAUUGCUCUAGAACAAGGAAAGAAACAUUAUCAAGAAUCUAAUCAGCAAUAA